AUGCCCAUUAAACAAUUCUCAACUUCGAAUCCAAACUUCAAAGGUGUUACUUUCAAGCAUCAAGACGAAUUACCUCCAUUACCAGUUCCUUCAAUUGAAUCCACCAAGAAACGUUAUUUAAAAUCAAUCAAACCAUUUAUCAAGUCUCCUGAACAAUAUGCAAAGCAAGAAGCGCUAAUUGAAGAUUUCUUCAAUACCCAAGGGGCGGUUUUACAAGAAAGAUUGGAAUCUUUGGGCGCUACUGAACGUAAUUGGUUAUCCAAAUUUUGGGAUGAUUAUGCUUAUUUACAAUAUAAUGAUGGUGUUUUCCCAUAUGUUUCUUACUUCUAUGGUCAUAGAGAUUUACCAGUCCAUUUAGAUGCAAUUGGUAAAAAUCAAAUCCACAAGGCUUUGGCGGUUAUUGAUAAAGUGUUGAAUUUCGUGGAAUUGAUUAAAAAUGAAUCUUUGCCUCCAGAAGUUAUUAGAGGUACACCUUAUUGUAUGCAUUCUUUCAAGGUUAUGUUUAACAAUGCAAGAUAUCCAAAGGAAUUGGGUCAAGAUGAUACUGUUUUAUAUUCAAUUUUGGAAAAUGGAUUCAUUAUUGUGGCUAUUAAUGGUGAUUUCUAUAAAUUAUACACUCAUGAUUCAAAUGGGACUGGUGAUCGUUUACCAUUAAAGGAAAUCCAUAAACAAUUAUUGGCAAUCAUUGAAUUAUCAAACCGUUCAAUUACUCCAAAAUCACCAAUUGGUAUCUUGACUACAUUACCAAGAGAUGAAUGGUUUAAGGCUUAUCAAGAUUUAACUAAAACUCCAAUCAAUAUCGCUUCUUUGGAAGAUAUCCACAAAUCAACCUUUUUAAUCACUCUAGAUGAAGAUCAACCUGUUACUUAUGAAGAUCGUGCUCAUUACUGCUGGCAUGGAAAUGGGUUUAAUCGUUAUUUCGAUAAGCCUAUUCAAUUUUUCAUUGCUAAGAAUGGUUAUUCAGGUUUCAUUGCAGAACAUUCAAGAAUGGAUGGUACUCCAACUUUGUUAUUGAAUGAAUUUGUUAAUAGAGAAUUAUGGGAAUUAAAACCACAAGACUUUUUAAAAUCCAUUGAAAUUGAUUCAACUCCUUUAUCAAUUCAACCAGAACCAUUAAGAUUUGAACCUUCUCCAUUCGUUUCCGAACAGAUUGAAAAAGCUUUUAUUAAUUUUGAUCAAGAAAUUGAUAAUCAUGACGUUAGAGUUUUCCAUUAUAACAAAUAUGCUAAAAAUGAAAUCAAAUCUUUUAAAAAAUCCCCAGAUGCUUUUAUUCAAAUGAUUAUUCAAUUAGCUUAUUAUAAAAUGACUGGUACUGUUGUUCCAACUUAUGAAGCUGCCUCAACAAGAAAAUUUUAUAGAGGUCGUACAGAAGCUGGACGUUCAGUUAGUGAAGAAUCUUUACAAUUUGUUAAAAACUGGGAAGAUCCAACAAUUUCAGAUUCUCAACGUGCUUUAGAUUUUGAAAAUGCUGUUAAAUCUCAUUUGGAAUACAUCAAAGCUGCUUCAAAUGGUGAAGGUGUCGAUCGUCAUAUUCUUGGUUUGAAAUUACAUUUACAACCGGAUGAACAACCUCAUCCAUUCUUACAAGAUCCAUUAUUAAGCUAUUCUUCAACUUGGUUAAUUUCAACAUCUCAAUUGAGUUCAAAUUAUCAUGAUGCUUAUGGUUGGAGUGAAGUUAACCCAAUUGGUUGGGGUUUAGCUUAUCAAAUCAAUAAUGAUUUCUUACAUGUUAAUGUUUGUACAAGAAGAAGUUCAGGAAAUAAAUCUGAAGUUUUAGAAUAUUAUUUGAGAGAAGCUGCUGAUGAAAUCUUUGAAGUGUUGACAAAAGCUCAAAAACCAAAAUUAUGA